AAUAAAUGCCUUUGUCGACGCGUCAUAAAUUAUCCAAGAUGUGGCUUUCAAGUGAAACGUAAUAAAUGUACUGAGUAGCCGUUGAAACACCUAAAGAUAACAAUCAAUCUCCACUUGAGCUGUAACUGGCAAUAGCCAGUCAGUCAAAAUGGAGACUAAAGACACAGCAAUGGCUUUGAUUAAAUAUUAUUGCAAUGAAAAAUACUUCAAUCAUGUUGCGACUGCCACAGCAACUGCACAAAAGAAAUUUCGCAAUGAGCCUGUCUUCAGUGUCUUCCGUGCAUAUGGCACAUUAAUGCAAGGUGACGUUCGACAAGCUGCAGCCGAGUUGGAUGCGAUAAGGGAUAGAUCCGAUGUGUCUCUCUGCUCCCUCAUGGCACUCGCCUACGCCGAAAAAAAAAAGAGGUCUCCAGACAGAGAUGUUAUUCGCGAGCUUGAAAGUAAAAUCAGAGACGGUCGCAAAACUACAAGUCCUCAGAGUCUGUACUACGCUGGGAUGUUUCUUUGGCUGUUGGGCCGAAAUGAUAAAGCGAGGGAAUACAUAGAGCGAAUGAUUAAACUCUCCAAUGGAUCGAAAGAGGGGAUAAUCCUGAAAGCAUGGAUAGAUGUGACAUGUGGGAAAGAUGACUACGCCAGAAAAGCUGGAAAAUACUUUGAUGAAGGGCUGAAGGACGGACCGGAUGCCUUUGUACUGAUGGGAAAGGUACAAUACUUUGAAUAUUGUCAAAACUACUCUGGAGCAUUAGAGGUGGUCAACAAGGCCAUUGCCAGUUUCCCCGGUUUCAUACCUGCUCUCGUUAAAAAGAUGACACUAUUUUUAAACCUCCAAGACUGGGAGCAAACCACAGAGGCAGCGGUCAGGGUCCUGCAAAUGGAUACAAACAACCUGGAUGCUUUGUGUAUGCUAACUUUGCAUGCAUUAUGUAUCAACGGCGAUAUUGUUGAGUCAACAAAGCAUCUUUCCAACCUCAUGAAAAGUCUGGACUUGCAGGAGCCACACAACCCAGAACUCGCUUACAGGAUGUCUCUCGCAUUCAGUCGAGUUUGUGGACGAAAUGAGAUGGUGCUUGAGCGCGUGUUCACAAUGGUGGAAAAAGCAUUCGGCGUGACUCAAGAUAAUGCCGAUUUAGCAGCGGAGUUGGGCUACCUGAUGGUGCUUCAGGGUAAAAUCAAGGAGGCCGUCAAGUGGUAUAAGACGGCCAUGACGCUGGAUGAGAUGAGCCUCACCGCGUUGACGGGUUUAAUUUGGUGCCAGCUGAUUGAGGGCUGCCUGGAAGAAGCGGAGAAAGAUUUGGAAUUUCUGACGGAAAUUCAACAAAGCACUGGAAAAUCAGGGGAAAUCCUCUACCUGCUUGCACUUGUGGCAAUUAAAAAGCACCAUCCCCAGGAGGAGAUAACCAAGCUCCUAAAAGACGCCGUGGAAACCCACUUCUCCACCGUCCAGGGUCUACCUUUAGGUUUGGAGUACUUCCAGAAGCUGAAUCCUGACUUCCUCUUUCAGGUUGUCAAGGAGUAUCUCGCUCUGUGUCCUACAAAGCCUUCAGCUCAGGGACAGUCUGCAGUUCCUCAGCUCAGGCACUGCGCUACCUUGUUGGAUGCAGUGGUCAAGAUUGUGCCAGGCCUCCUUCAAGGGGUUUUCCUGCAAGCCAAAGUCAGAUAUCACUCCGGCGAUGUCGACGGCGCUCAGAACAGUCUACAGCACUGUCUGGAACAGUGUCCUUCUCACACGGACGCGCAUUUGCUCAUGGCUCAGAUCCACUUGUUGCGCGGCAAUUUCACUUUGUGUUUCCAGUCGCUUGAACUCUGCCUCAGCCAUAACUUUGAGAUUCGAGAGCAUCCGUUGUACCUGCUGGUCAAGGCUCAAGCAAAGAAGAAAAUGGGCGAGCUGACCGAAGCCAUUCAGAUUCUGCAAACGGCAAUGAAUCUUCCCGGCGUCUGCAGGGCUGGAUCAUCAGCUAAAUCCAAGAUGCAAACGAUCGAAUUGAGUUCUGCAGAUUGCUUGUCGAUCUUCUUGGAGUUAGCUGAGGGGUUGCGGCUCACCAAUAAACAGCAAGAAGCAGCCAAGGUGAUGCAGGACGCCAUCAAUAAGUUCUCCGGCACUCCCGAGGAGCUUCGAGUGACUAUCGCCAACGUAGAUCUCGCUUUGUUACACGGCGACACGGAGUUGGCACUCAAUAUGCUCCGAAACAUUACACCUGAGCAGCUCUACUACAUCCAAGCCAAGGAGAAAAUGGCAGACAUUUACCUGAACCACAAAAAGGAUAAGCGUCUUUAUGUGAGCUGCUACAGGGAAAUAUUGGACAAGCUACCCAGUCCUCAUGCAUACGUCUUACUCGGGGAAGCUUAUAUGCGUAUUUUAGAGCCAGAGAAAGCCAUUGAGGUCUACGGGCACGCUCUGGAGAAAGCGCCGGAAGAUGGCGCUCUAGUCAGCAAGUUUGGCAAAUUUCUGAUCAAGACUCAUUACUUCGACAAGGCAUUACAUUAUUAUGAAGCUGCACUGAAGACCGGACAACAGAACCUCCGCUAUGACCUGGCCGAGUUGCUGAUGAAGCUGAAGCAAUACGAGCGCUGUGAGAGUGUUCUGCUUGAUGCUCUCUCCCACAAACCAGUGAACGAUCUAUGUGCACUAUCAGAUGAUUGCCGUUAUCUAAUGUUGUUGGCAAAGGUCCAAAAUAGGGUUGACAAAGCCGAAGAAGCCUUAAUAUCCCUACAGAGGGCGCGGGAUGUACAAGCCAAAGUGCUGAAGCGGGUGCAAUUAGAGCAACCUGACAGCUUUGACGGCCAGAAGCAGCUGGCUGCCAAGAUCUGCCGUGAGAUCGCUCAACACUACGCCAGUCAAAGAGUCUACGACAGAGCCAUCGAAUUCUACAAAGAGGCUCUUGCGCAUUGUGAAACCGAUCACAAGUUGAUGCUGGAGUUGGCACGGAUAUUCCUCACGCUAGAUGAAGUUGAUGCAUGCCAGGAACAAUGUAACGUCAUCUUGAAGAAUGACCAGUUUAAUCAAGAUGCAACUCUGAUGAUGGCUGAUAUUAUGUUCAGGAGAAAGGAUGAUGAACAAGCAAUUUCCUUUUAUCGGCAGCUAUUGGAGAGCAAGCCAGAACACUUCUCAACUGUGUCACGUCUCAUUGACUUGCUGAGGAAGGCAGGGAAGUUGGAAGACAUGCCCAGGUUUUUUGAGAGGAUGGAAAAAUAUUCGACCAGAGUCACGUUUGAACCUGGUUUUAACUACUGCAAAGGACUUUAUCUUUGGUAUACAGGAGAAGCUAAUGCUGCUCUGCAUCAUUUCAACCAGGCCCGAAAAGACACCAGGUGGGGUCAAAAGGCUGUCCAUAAGAUGAUUGAAAUCUACCUGAACCUCAACAAUGACAUGAUGGGAAUGGAAUUAUGUAAUCUAGAUUUUAGAAUUGGGAGCUCGGCUGAAAAGCAGGAAGUGGAGAGGGUUGCGGUGACAACAGCUCAUCAACUUUUGAAGGAAAUAAAGCCAGAAACACCCGGAGAACACUUAAAGCUUCGUAUCCUGGAGAACUACUGCUUAAUGGCCACAAAACAGAAGGCCAAUAUAGAGAAAGCCCUCUCUGUUUUUACGGAGAUCGCAACUAAUGUGGAAGCUCACGUGCCAGCCCUGUUGGCCAUCGCAACGGCUUUCAUGAUGUUGAAAGAAACUCCCCAAGCCAGGAACCAAUUAAAACUUAUAGGAAAGAUGACCUGGAAUAUUGUUGACGCGGACGAGUUUGAGAAGAGUUGGCUGCUCCUAGCGAACAUCUACAUCCAUUCGGGGAAGUAUGACUUGGCAGAUGACCUCCUAAACAGAUGUCUUAGCCAUAACAAGUCUUGCUGUAAGGCGUAUGAGUACAGAGGAUUCAUCAUGGAAAAAGAGCAGGCAUUUCGUGAUGCAGCAUUCAACUAUAAACUGGCUUGGAAAUACGGAAAUCAGUUCAGUCCAACUGUUGGAUAUAAACUUGCUUGGAACUACUUAAAAUCAAAACAGAAUUUUGACGCCAUAGAUGUCUGCCAUAAGGUGCUUGCUACUCAUCCAAAUUUUUCAAAAAUUAAAAUAGACAUCUUAGACAAAGCUUGUGUUGCCUUGAGGCCAUAGAAGUUUGACAGCCAGCUUCUGGGAGAAGCAUUUCCUUCGGACAUCAACUUAUUCACUCUAGUGUUUAACUUCCGCUUCUCUCUAAUUGAACACUUAGCAAUAUCACGUUACUGUAAAUUGGUUGUGCGGUAUUGAAGUGUGCAUGUUAGUAGUACUUGUCAAAUAAAAGCCAUUCAUUUGAA